AUGAAACACUCCCGCCACGAGCGUUCCCCUUGCGCACAAUCAUGCGUCAACGGUGCCACCAGCGGCACCAAGAUUGCCGGCUGCAACCAGGGCGACAUUGGCUGCGUCUGCGCUAACAGCCAGUUCCUCGACUCCAUCGCCUGCUGUCUCGCCGACGCCUGCGACGAGGCCGGCCAAAAGGCCGCCGUCUCCUUUGCCCGCGCCCUUUGCGGCGGUGCCGGCGUGACCGUCCCCGAGGAGGUCGUCUGCAAGUCCGGCGGCGGCGGCGACUCCACCGCUUCCUCCACCGACAAGCCGACGGGCGCCGAUACCAGCGCUGGCCCCGACUCCACCGCCGACUCCACUGCCGAUGCCCCCGCCGCAACCACCUCGGCUGCCGGAGACAGCGCCGGAGCCGCUCUUACCCCUGUCGGCGGUCUCCUCGGAGGCGCUCUCGCUGCCCUCUUCCUCCUGUAA